UAGAAGCUUUUGUGGCCGCAAGGCUGCGUCCAGUGUUUGUGGAAAGCACCCUAGAAAGAAAGAAAGAAAGGGAGUAGAAGCAACACGAUGGCGCUCCGGUCUAUGGCGGCGCAAGCUGCCACGAUUCUGAGAAUUCGAUGCCAGCCUCACCUGGCGCAGGCCUUGGCGAUUCCACUGGCGCGAGGAUUUGCAACCGAAGCCGCAGCUACCGUUCCAAUCCCCCAAGACUUGAAAUUUCUGGAAUCGCACGAAUGGGUCAAGGUGGAGAGUGGGACUGGAACUGUGGGUAUCAGCGACCAUGCCCAGCAUGAAUUGGGUGAUGUGGUGUUUGCGGAUUUGCCAGAAAUUGGGUCUUCUGUGACGAAAGGGAAGAACUUUGGUGUGGUGGAGAGCGUCAAGGCUUGCAGCGAUAUCUACAGCCCAGUGUCUGGCGAAGUGAUUGAAGUGAACGAAGAAGUCAAGCAAACUCCAGCGCUCGUGAACAAGAAUGCGUUUGGCGAGGGAUGGCUGAUCAAAGUGAAGAUGUCCAACGUCUCCGAUCUCGACGGCCUAAUGGACCCAGCUGCGUACGAAGAACACGUAAAGAGUGGAGGGCACUAGCCUAGCUAGCCAUAAAAUCAAAGAGAAAGAGAGAGAGGGAGAGAGAGAGAGGGCCAAGUUCUUUCAAGCUCAAAUGCUCUCAUCAUCUCUGGGGUUGAGAUCAAUUUCAUGUUUAGACUUUGAGAUCGGAUAGGCUGGGAGGUAUCACUGGUUGACAUGAAUCUGAUCUUAUGAGCUAGAAAGUGAGAGUGAUAUGCAUCUCCACAAA